UUCAUGAGCCCAAAAAACAAAGUGUUUCAUUUUAGAGCGCCGAACAACAGAAACGAGCGUUAAUGGAAGCAGCAGUGGCACAGAUGGUAACGCCGGGAGAAGUAUUAGGCAAAACCGACGACGUUAAAGCCGGAAGAGGAACAUACGCGGCGGUUCACAACAACACCGUUUACGCCUCCUUAACUGGUUUCCGCCACACCAUACCUCCUGCUUCGGACUCACCUGACCAGAGACCUACUAUUGAAGUAACUGGUCAUAAAGCUCAUGGACCUGUUCCUGAACCUGGAUCUGUUGUCAUUGCUAGGGUUACUAAAGUUAUGGCUAAAACUGCCUCACUAGAUAUUAUGUGUGUUGGACAAAAAUCUGUUCGCGAAAAAUUCACCGGCAUGAUUAGGCAGCAAGAUGUUAGGGCAACUGAGAUUGAUAAAGUAGAUAUGCAUCUAUCUUUUCGUCCUGGUGACAUUGUUAAAGCUCUUGUGCUUUCUCUUGGAAAUGCACGGGCGUACUUUCUGUCAACUGCAAAGAAUGAGCUUGGUGUUGUUUCUGCAGAAAGCACUGCUGGUGCAACUUUGGUUCCAAUAAGUUGGACGGAGAUGCAAUGUCCACUAUCUGGUCAAAUUGAACAAAGAAAGGUUGCAAAGGUUGCAAGCCUUUCAAUGGCUUCUCUUCAUCUUCUUCCUUCUCUCUCCAAAUCCUUGUCUUCAAUAUCCCCUCUUUCCCAAUAUCACACUCAUCCAUUCGCUUCCACAACCUCACUCAGAUUCGCCCAUACCAUCACUUAUACCAAUACCCGUUUUCCUACCAAACCUCUUUCUCUGCGUUUUGCUCUAACAGAGUCUAACACCCCUAAUUCUACACAACCUGACCCCAAAACUCUUCUCCAAGAAAUUGCCGACAGUUUUGAUCUUCCUGUUGAUUACUUUGCGCAGUUUCCAAGUGAUCUUCGAUUAGAUCUGAAUGACGCUGCGUUCGACCUUUCAAAUGGACCUAUCUUGGACGAGUGUGGCAAAGAGUUAGGAGAGAUAUUGCUAAACCUCUCUCGAGCAUGGGAGCUUGCUGAUACUUCCACCUCCCGCUCUUUAGCAGCAAAGCUUCCAUUGAUAGAGGCUAAUUUGACAGGCACUGCCAAGUCAGCACUUGGAAGGCGUUUGGUAUCUGCUGGAAGAAGGUUUCAGUCAAUGGGACAAUAUGGCCAAGGUGAGACACAAAAGAUUGCAAAAGCAAUGAUUGCGGCCGGGAAAGCUCUAUCUGCUAGUUCAACUUCUGCAAUAAUAGAUAAAGAACCGAAAGAAGAAAAUAGGACUCUGAAGUUUGGAGCAUUGCAGGUUGAAAUUACACCUACUAAAGCCAACAUUGGCGCUGCAAUUGCAUUUGUGUUUGGGAUUCUUACAUGGGAGAUAGCUCAAGGACUUCAAAACACUCCAGAGAGUUCUUUGCAGUAUGCAAAUGACAAUGCUUUGUUGCUUGCUAAGUCUUUGAGGGGAACAUUGCUUGCUCUUUUUUACGGCUCCACGUUGUUGUCCGCACUUACUUCAGGGGGGCUUGUUUUACUUGGUAUACAGCACUCAUCUGAUAUGGCUUCUUCCUCUUGCUCCGCCACAGACCUCACCCCACUUCUCACCGCCGCCGCAAACGCAACUGCUGUGGCAAACUAUCUCUGCACCCAAUUUGAUGCCAUCUCCAAAAAGUUCAGUGAUACCACCUAUGCAAUAGACAACACCUACCUUCUCUUCUCAGCUUACUUAGUCUUCGCUAUGCAGCUCGGUUUCGCCAUGCUCUGCGCCGGCUCUGUUCGAGCCAAAAACACCAUGAACAUCAUGCUCACCAAUGUCCUUGAUGCAGCUGCCGGUGGACUUUCCUAUUACCUCUUCGGCUUUGCUUUCGCCUUUGGAGCACCCUCCAACGGCUUCAUUGGACGCCACUUUUUUGGCCUAAGGGAUUACCCUUCACCCGCCGGAGACUACAGCUUCUUUCUCUAUCAAUGGGCUUUCGCCAUCGCCGCUGCAGGCAUCACCAGUGGCUCUAUUGCAGAGAGAACACAGUUUGUCGCAUAUCUCAUAUAUUCUUCUUUCUUAACCGGUUUUGUUUAUCCCAUCGUUUCACAUUGGGUUUGGUCCGCUGAUGGAUGGGCCAGCCCAACGCGAACCGAUGGUGAUGUCUUAUUCGGGUCCGGAGUAAUUGACUUUGCCGGUUCAGGCGUGGUUCACAUGGUUGGCGGUAUAGCAGGUUUAUGGGGAGCAUUUAUAGAAGGUCCAAGAAUCGGCCGCUUCGACCGGACCGGUCGGGUUGUUGCAUUAAAAGGACACAGUGCAUCGUUGGUAGUGUUGGGUUCAUUUUUAUUAUGGUUCGGUUGGUACGGGUUCAACCCUGGUUCAUUUUUAACAAUUGUAAAAGGUUAUGGCAAUAACAAAGGAGAUUAUUAUGGUCAAUGGAGUGCUAUCGGAAGGACAGCUGUCACAACGACAUUGGCGGGAUGCACCGCAGCUUUAACAACAUUGUUUAGUAAACGGUUAUUGGUUGGACACUGGAAUGUGACUGACGUGUGUAACGGUUUACUUGGCGGUUUUGCUGCGAUAACUUCGGGCUGUUCUGUUGUUGAACCAUGGGCUGCGAUUGUGUGUGGGUUCAUUGCAGCAUGGGUUUUGAUUGGACUUAAUAAACUAGCCGUUAAGGUGAAGUAUGAUGAUCCUUUAGAGGCGGCGCAAUUACACGGAGGGUGUGGCGCGUGGGGGGUGUUGUUUACAGGAUUGUUUGCGAAAGCGGAAUAUGUUGAUGAGAUUUAUGGGAUUGGGAGGCCGUAUGGAUUGUUGAUGGGUGGCGGAGGAAAGUUGUUUGCGGCGCAAGUUAUUGAGGUGUUGGUGGUAUGUGUGUGGGUUACAGUGACGAUGGCACCAUUGUUUUAUGGGCUGAAUAAGAUGAAAUUGUUGAGGAUUUCAAGGGAUGAUGAAACCGCGGGAAUGGAUUUGACGAGACAUGGUGGAUUUGCUUAUGCAUAUCAUGAUGAAGAUGAUGAUGAAUCGAUCAGGAAAUUAGGGUUUAUGAUGGGUAGAAUUGAGCCGGCUGGGAGUGUAACUCCCUCCGCCACCGGACAUGAUUCACAGAUGCCAACCACUACACCACCAGUGUGACACAUCAUCAUUUAAUUACUUCAUCAUUUGUUGAGGGCUAUGGGAUAUUCAUGUAAUCAAAUAGUAACUAGCUAGUUACUAAUUUAAUCGAAUAUAUUCGUAGACAUGAUCCAUUAUUAAGCGUGAUGGAAUGAAAAAAGAAAAAAAGUGUUGUGGUUAGUAUCUUGUCUAGCUAUUGUUAUUUAUAAACUAUCCUUAGUCUGGAUUUCUAAAUAAUAUGAGAUUUAACUUGUGUUGUAAUAGUGUACCGAAACAAGAUAUCAUAAAUGAAGUCGUUUAUGAGAUAUAUGAACAAUUAUACGAGACUAAGCAAGUUUUUCCUCUUUAA